UCCCACAAACAUUGUUCUUUCUAGUUAGAUAUAGAGUGGAUAAUAUUAUUGUAACUAGUAGUGUGCGGCAGGGACAUUUCGAUCAUACUUUAGCUAGCCACGUAACUAACGUUUCGACUGCACAGUUAAUGUUGUAAACAAGUUAAACAAAACACCGAGGUUUUCAUGCAUUUUAGCAAACGUGUUACUUUUCCGUGUUAAGACUUAGGCGAGAUUUAAAUACUCAUUAUGUAGACUGGCUCAUUUUUAGAAUAAUAUAUAUGAUAUAUAGUAUAAUACAGUAUCAAGAAGUCAACACUUUAAACUACUUUUAAAAUUAGUGCAUUUUAUACUCGAGUACGGUAAAUAACAAUGUGCUGUUUAUGCACUUCCGAAAAUCCCGAAAAUGUUGCAGGACCUUAACUUGUUAUGGAGUAUUAUUACUCUGUAUGGUACUGCCACUUUUUAAUGGAGUAACUCAUCUGAAUAUCUCUUCCACUACUGGGCAAGGAGGCACACUCUGCCAGUGCCACCACAAUGGCUCAGGGUCAUAAAUUUCAAGACUUGGAGGAGAUGGGGGAGGAAAUAUUGGCCUUCAUCAACAGCAGUAAAACAGAGAAACUGAGACUAAUUAAAGAUGAUCAUCAGGCCCUUUUUGACCUUCACAUAGAAACGAAAAAGAUUGUGACACAGAUUUUAAAAGAUGAGGCUCAGAUUGAGGAGAGUGUGGGCCAGAGGCUGCUGGACAUGGAAGAGGAGAAAAAGCAAAGGGAGAGGGAGCUGGAGAGCCUGGAGGAGCAGCUGAGGCAGUGCAUAGCAAAGAGCCAAAUCACUGACUCAGAAUUACAUUUCCUGAAGGGAGAGUUAGAGAGUCUAAGAAACACUGAACACGAGCUUGAGACUCUUCAGAGCGAGGUGGAUGAAGACACCACAGAGGUUAUCCCUUCAGCAGUGUAUGUGGCUCAGGUGUACUACAUAAUAACCAAGAUCAAGUGGGAGUAUGAUACACCACCCAACAUCUUAAAAGGAGUGCACUAUGGUGCAGACCUGGCAACUCCCAUCAACAUUGACACCUCAAUGCGAUCUCGGAGUGACAUAAGCGACCAGCUGUGGGGCUUUGUCAGCACUGACUGGUAGAUGAAGGAUGGUGGUGUAGUCAGAAAUGUUGUGUACAUUAUAUAUUUGUUUGUCUGUUUGUUUUUUUUUCUUAUGUUCUAUAUAACAGUUGCAUUGUUUCAAAAAUUAAACAUUCCAGACCACUGGUUAAGUAGUUAUUCUCUAAUGUAUUUCAGCAUCAUGGAUUCAUCAGAGCAUUUUGUAGUGUCAAACAAGUGGCACGUUGGUCACUAGAUGUCCCUCCAGAGCUAUUUAGUGCUGAAGCAUGUUGUAAAUGGCUUCAUGGUUUCCUUUGAACAACACUUGAGACAUUGCAGAUAAACUGACUCCCCUAUCCAUCUUUUUCUUGUAUCAGCUUCAUACUUGUGUCAGUUGAUGCCAAGACAGCCAUCUCCAUGACAACUGAACAAAGUGUUUGCUGAAGAAGGCAAUGAGAUGCUUUUGAAAGCUAUCAUAAGCUAAAGUGUUCUUCCAUU